AUGACUGUGGACAUACAGUACAGCUAUAGCAGCAUGGCCCCUUCUCUGUGCAGGGAGCGCUUCACCUUCAAGAUCUCCCCAAAGCUGAGCAAGCCACUGAGACCUUGUAUUCAGCUGGGCAGCAGGGAUGAAGCCAGCGGAAUGGUGGCCCCCGCAGUGCAGGAGAAGUUGAAGAAGCGGGUUUCCUUCGCUGACAAUCAGGGGCUGGCCCUGACAAUGGUCAAAGUGUUCUCAGAAUUUGAUGACCCACUAGGUAUUCCAUUUAACAUCACCGAGCUCCUAGACAACAUCAAGAGUCUGAAAACAGCAGAGAGCGAGAGCUUUGUUUUGGAUUUUCUGCAGCCUUCCGCAGAUUACUUAGACUUCAGAAACCGACUUCAGACCAACCAUGUCUGCCUUGAAAACCGUGUACUGAAGGACAAAGCCAUCACAGGCACCGUGAACGUCCAGAACCUGGCAUUCGAGAAGGCUGUGAAGAUCAGAAUGAUGUUUGACACCUGGAAAAGCCUCACAGACUUCCUUUGUCGGUAUGUGAAGGACACUUAUGCUGGUUCAGACAGGGACACGUUCUCCUUUGACAUCAGCUUACCUGAGAAAAUUCAGUCUUAUGAAAGAAUGGAGUUUGCCGUGUGCUAUGAGUGUAACGGCCAGGCAUACUGGGACAGCAACAAAGGUAAAAAUUACAGGAUCAUCCGGGCUGAACUCCAGUCCACUCAGGGAAUUGAGCCGUACAAUGGACUGGACUUGGGAAUAUCCUUUGACCAGUUUGGAAGCCCCCGGUGUUCCUACGGCCUAUUCCCAGAGUGGCCAAGUUACCUGGGAUAUGAAAAGCUGGGUCCCUACUACUAGUGACUGCAAUUGACAGUCUGACUGAUCAAGAUGCAGUAGAGAAUGCAA